GAAAAAAAAUAUAAAAGUUUUAAGAUGCGUCAAACAAACAUUAUUUUCUGAAUUAUGUAGGUACCUACUUGAAAAGAAAUGACUCUCGCUCAAAUUUAUUGUGUUGAUUACCUACCAAUUAUUGCUUUUAGCUUUACGAAUGUUAUAUUUUUCAUAUACACGCCUUAGGCAACGUGACUUGAACGCGUCGCCAUGACGUUUAUCCAAAAUUGCUCGGGUCACGUUGCAUCCGAUGUGGAUUUUGCAACAGGAAAAAUUUAUUCCGUGGGUUUAGUGUUGAAAAUUCGUAUUUUAUGAACACAUUAUUUAGUGUAUGUAUUAUUUUUUUUGGUAAAUUACGCGAUAGUUGUUGAUUUUUGUGAUUUAGAACUAUCGCAGUAGUGUCGUUGGUUAGUGUUAAGACUGAAUCACUCUAAAACUAUUGACCAUGUUAACAAUCACCCCGCAUAUAUGAGCGGUGGUGCUACAAUCGACACGGCAGCCCUGCAGGAGGGGAAGCAUGCAGUUCAUUGGUUUAGAAAGGGUUUGAGACUUCACGACAAUCCUUCUUUAAGAGAAGGCCUCAAGGGUGCCACCACGUUCAGAUGCGUGUUCGUACUCGAUCCCUGGUUUGCUGGCUCUUCAAACGUUGGAAUCAAUAAAUGGAGAUUCCUAUUGCAAUGUUUGGAAGACCUCGACAGAAGCCUCAGAAAACUCAACUCCAGGCUGUUCGUCAUCAGAGGCCAACCGGCGGACGCUCUUCCUAAAUUGUUCAGGGAAUGGGGCACUACGGCACUUACGUUCGAAGAAGAUCCGGAACCUUUCGGCAGAGUCCGCGAUCACAACAUUACGGCCCUUUGUAAGGAACUGGGGAUAACUGUCGUGCAGAAGGUGUCUCACACUUUGUAUCAGCUACAGCACAUUAUUGACAGGAACGGAGGUAAGGCUCCACUGACUUACCAUCAAUUCUUAGCGGUGAUUGCUUGUAUGGGUGCGCCACCAUAUCCAGAAGCUCCAGUAACAUCCAACACAGUAGAAUUAGCUCACACUCCUCUAUCUGAAGAUCACGAUGAACUUUAUGGGGUUCCCACGUUGGAAGAGCUUGGGUUCGAUACUGAAGGUCUGAAUCCGCCAGUAUGGCAGGGUGGAGAAACAGAAGCUUUGGCACGUCUGGAACGACAUUUGGAACGGAAAGCUUGGGUGGCAUCGUUUGGAAGGCCAAAAAUGACGCCUCAAUCUUUACUUCCAUCACAAACAGGGCUGUCGCCUUAUUUAAGAUUCGGUUGUUUGUCCACACGCUUGUUUUAUUAUCAACUUACUGAUCUUUACAGGAAAAUUAAGAAGGCAUUUCCUCCACUGUCUCUACAUGGUCAAUUGUUGUGGCGUGAAUUUUUCUAUUGUGCAGCAACGAAAAAUCCAAAUUUUGAUAAAAUGCUCGGCAACCCCAUUUGCGUCCAAAUUCCUUGGGACAAAAACGCCGAGGCUUUGGCGAAAUGGGCAAAUGGUCAAACUGGUUUUCCAUGGAUAGAUGCGAUAAUGACGCAACUGAGACAAGAAGGCUGGAUCCAUCAUCUUGCCAGGCAUGCUGUGGCUUGUUUUUUGACCAGAGGCGACUUGUGGAUAUCGUGGGAAGAAGGAAUGAAGGUGUUUGAAGAGUUAUUACUCGACGCUGAUUGGUCCGUUAACGCAGGCAUGUGGAUGUGGCUGUCUUGUUCCAGCUUUUUUCAACAAUUUUUCCAUUGUUACUGUCCCGUCAAGUUUGGACGAAAAGCUGAUCCGAAUGGAGAUUAUAUCAGAAAAUACCUUCCAAUUCUUAAAAAUAUACCAACUCAUUACAUCCACGAACCGUGGAUGGCUCCGGAGAACAUCCAAAAAGCUGCAAAAUGUAUUGUUGGAAACGAUUACCCUUUGCCAAUGGUUAAUCAUGUAUCCGUUAGCCAGGUGAAUAUUCAAAGGAUGAAACAGGUGUACCAGCAGCUGUCCAAUUAUAGGCCUCACGAUUCAUCGGCGACUUGUUCCACUAAUAUGAAAAAGGGACCUUACAAGGAAAAUUUUCACAAAGAACUUACUCUAAGUUAUAGAAAUUAACUACUAGUGUAUUUAGGCAUAGUGGUUGAGAAAACUAUAAUUUUUUUAAGCAGUUUUUAAAAGAUGGUGAUAUGAAAAAACCAAAGAAUCUUAUUUAUCUAUUUGUUUACCUUUGAAAUAAGAAAUAAAUGUCUACAUUAUUUGUCAAUAAUUUAGGUUUUUGCCUUGUUUUAUUUAAAUUUUUUUAAAAAUACUGUCCUCUUGUAAAAUAGAGGAUUCCAAACAGUUUGCUAUGAACGAAAUUCCAGAGAAAGAAAGAUUAGAGACUUUUAAAGGCGUUGAAGAAGACUCUGAUGGGAAAGAGAAGUGAAAAGCUUUGGAUCAUGAUAGAUUAUUCUUAUCCUAGAGAUUUUAAAACUAAACAUUUUAAAGAACUUUUGGGACUUAUCUUAGAGCGGAAUCAAAUUGAAAAAGUAUGAAACUCUUGACUUUUG